AUGGCCGGGCCGGCGGGCGCGGGGCCGCGCCGGGAGCUGCGGAACGGCAACGCCGGCGAUGGGGAGGGAGAUGGGGACCGCGACGCAGACGGGCCUGGGGCGAAGCGGGCGCGGGCGGCAGUGGAGCCUGAGGCCGGGAACCGCCUCACCGUGGUGCUGGGCGCGCAGUGGGGCGACGAGGGCAAGGGCAAAGUGGUGGAUCUGCUGGCCAUGGACGCUGACCUGGUGUGCCGCUGCCAGGGCGGGAACAACGCAGGACACACUGUGGUGGUGGAUGCGAUCGAGUAUGACUUCCACCUGCUGCCCAGCGGUGUCCUCAACCGCCGUGCCACCUCUUUCAUCGGAAACGGAGUUGUCAUUCACUUACCGGGACUCUUCGAGGAGGCUGAGAAGAACCUGAAGAAGGGACCUGGCCUAGAAGGCUGGGAGUCCCGCACCGUGAUCUCUGACAGAGCCCACAUCGUGUUUGACUUCCACCAGGCUGUGGAUGGGAUCCAGGAGCAGCAACGGCAGCAGCAGGAUGGCAAAAACUUGGGCACCACCAAGAAGGGGAUCGGUCCUGUUUAUGCCUCCAAGGCCUCUCGCACAGGGCUGCGUAUCUGUGACCUGCUGGCUGACUUUGGGCAGUUCUCCAAGAAGUUCGAGGCUCUGGCUCAGCAGUACAAGGCAACAUACCCUGCCCUGACCAUCGACACAGAAGCUGAGCUGCAGCAGCUGAAGGUCUACGCUGAAAAGAUCCGCCCCCUGGUGAAAGAUGGGGUUUAUUUCAUGCACCAAGCACUUCAUGGCCCCCCCAAGAAGAUCCUGGUGGAAGGGGCGAACGCUGCUUUGCUGGACAUCGACUUUGGGACAUACCCAUUCGUGACGUCCUCCAACUGCACAGUGGGAGGGGUGUGCACUGGCCUGGGUGUCCCACCGCGCUACAUCGGGAAGGUCUACGGCGUGGUGAAGGCCUACACCACCCGUGUGGGUGUGGGAACCUUCCCCACAGAGCAGGACAACGAGAUCGGGGAGCUGCUCCAGUCGCGGGGGCGGGAGUUCGGGGUGACGACGGGCCGGAAGCGCCGCUGCGGAUGGCUGGACCUGGUGCUGGUCCGAUACGCCCACAUGAUCAAUGGCUUCAGCGCCCUAGCACUCACCAAGCUCGACAUCCUGGACACCUUUCCUGAGAUCAAAGUCGGAGUCGAGUACUGUCUAGAUGGGAAACCCAUUCCCUACUUUCCAGCCAACCAGGAGCUGCUGAACCGUGUGUCGGUGCGCUAUGAGACACUGCCCGGCUGGCAGCGCAGCACUGAGCAGGCCCGGGGCUUCAUGGACCUGCCACCCCAGGCCCAGGGCUAUGUGCGCUUUGUGGAACAGCACCUUGGGGUGCCAGUGAAGUGGGUCGGCGUGGGCAAGUUCCGCGAGUCCAUCAUCAAGGUCUUCUGAGGGGUCCCAUGGGGCUGGAUGGCGCCAGGAGCUGCUCACAUCCCCUCCCAAUGCUGCCACCGCUGGCUGCCCCACACUCCAGGGCCAGCCCCUGGCCCCAUGCCCCACGGGGCCCCCUGCUCCCCCUGCACCCUCCUCUCUGGGCAUUUCUGCGUCUCACAUUUUCACUGUACAGAUCUUGUGAUAAAAGCAAGGGUUUAUUUUC